UUUAAAAAAUUUUUAAUAUUAUUAAAAAAUGGCAGAACGAGGAGCACAUUUAACUGGUACAACUUUUAUAAAACCUACAAUAUUCGAAAUUGUAGCACAAAAUUCUCUUGCUUCAACAUUAGAACCUGCUUUCAAGAAAAUUUUCUCCUUCUUGCUGAAUUUUAAUCCAGAACGAUAUCAAUGGCUAGAACAAUGGUCAGACGAAGCUUUUGCAGUAUUCAAUGGCAUUCUACAAAAAUUUUAUUUAAAAAAUUAUUCAGCUUCUUUUUCAGAAACUUUUUAUAGUUUGAAACGAAUCUCUCUUACGAAUUCUGGCAAGAAAAAAUUAUCAAAUAAUCAACAAAGGAUCUUUAUUAUUUUGUUAGUUCUUCAGCCGUAUAUUAAAUCUAAAAUUCAUCGUUGUGAAUUAGACAUUGUUGAUGGUAAACUACCUAAAGAAACAUGGAAAAGAAUAAUGAAAAUUUAUGGUUUAAAAUCGUACAAACUAUUUCAUUUUAUUUAUGAAAUUUGCGGAGUUUAUUAUUAUUUGGCAUACAUGUCAGAUUACUCUUCGUAUCCCUCUCCAUUAUAUCGUUUAUUUUCAGUAACCUUGACUUAUUCUAAUUCUAUAGAAGUAAUGUCAAUACCAGAUUUAUUGUAUAAAUUAAAGAAGGGAACUUUUAGCUUAAAUGAUGGUACACAAAUACUUCAAAGAGUAUUGAUGAAAUUUAUUGAAUUAGGAGCUUUCUUUUUACAAUUUUAUAAUUGGUGGAAUCAGGAACAGUAUUACACUAAUCUUACAGCUUUGCCAGUACCUCGACCUCCACAAAUUCCAGACACAGCUAAAAGAUAUGAAGGAUUAUGUGCUAUUUGUUUAUCACCUCCUAACAUUCCAACAGCUCUUGCAGUAUCAGGUUACAUAUUUUGCUAUCAAUGUAUUUUAAAUAAAGUUCAAAAUGAUAAUCGAUGUCCAAUAACUAAGUAUCCUGCAAGAGAAGAUGAUUUAAUUCGUAUAUAUAUAAGUUGAUUAUCUUGUUUAUUUUAUAAAAAAAAAAUUAAAAAAUAAAAUUUAC